AUGCCGAAAUGUGCGAAGAUGGAUUGUCUAGAGAGGCACGCCUAUUUAGAAAUACAGAACCGAGGGGGGAUUAUCCCCAUGCAAAUUGAUCCCUUCAUAACUGAAUGGCCGAUUGUCUCUGAAUCAGGAAGACUUGGAAACCGCAAAAGACAAAAAAUACAAUGUAAAGGAAGACGGCACCGAAUACCGUUUUGGCGACACUUGGAGUUGUUAGUGUGUCUGCAUGGACAGUGCAGAAUAAGUGAAACUUACGCUUUUCCGUCUUCGGGAUCGGUGAUCGACCCAACCAUCGACUCAUGGUUGUUAUAG